ACAACGACUUGUGUGUGUGUGUCUAAACCGUGUACUUACCGUCACUGAUAUUGCCGUCGACAUGGACUACAGUUUGUAUUACGGUGUAAAAUCCAAUAGGCUGUUGCUGGUCUCGGACAAGGCGCCCGGAUUCGUUUCGGCCGUGAAAAACACAUUGGCCGGUGUGUUUGUGGUCCGGUACAACUAUGACACAUCGUCGUUGGAUGACAUUAUUUCAAAAGUAGACGACAAGAUGCAACACCGGAAAGUUAAAAGUAUUGCCAUUCUUUUACACUCGGACGAAACCCAGUUUUAUGUUUGUGCAAUGGACCAAAAAGUUAUUGUCUUGAACAGUGAAAGUAUAUCCGACGAUCCGGAAAUUAGUUAUUUCUUCAAGUCAUUAUCGGAGUACUGCCAUCGAGGUUCGUCGAGAUUGGACUUUUUCAAUAGUUGUUUAGCAUCGAAUUGCGUCAAAUAUCAACUGUGCUCGGCUCUCCGUCGACUGACAGAAUGUGAAGUUGGUAUAUGGGGAGACCUAAUGGGCGAGGAGUCGUACGGAGAACUAUAUUUUAACAUAACAGACGUACGUCCAACUAAAACCGCCUUAGACGGAUACCAAAGGAUCAGAACUGUGGGAAAAGGAGCGUUCGGAGUAGCAACGUUGUAUCGGAAUACAAAUAAAAAUAUUUUGGUGGUCAUCAAACAAAUUAACAUGUUGGACAUGACAGCACAAGAGAGGCAAUUGGCAUUGAACGAGGCUAGAGUUUUAUCGUUACUUUGCCAUCCCAAUAUUAUUAGUUACUAUGGAAGUUUUGAAAUGGACGGAGUGCUCAUGAUUGAAAUGGAAUAUGCCGAUGGCGGUACUUUAUCAGAAUAUUUGGUCGGGCGUGGAACCAAUUUAUUACCGGAAAAACAAAUUCUAGAUAUUUUUUUACAAAUGUCAGAAGCCAUCAAAUGUAUACAUCAGCGUAACAUAUUGCAUAGAGACUUGAAGACGACAAACGUUUUUCUGACAAGAGACCGCAAAGUGAAAUUGGGCGAUUUCGGUAUUUCCAAGAUAAUGACUACCAAGUUACAAGCUCUGACAGUGGUCGGCACGCCUUACUAUAUUAGUCCGGAAAUGUGCGAGGGCAAACAGUACGACCAGAAGUCAGACGUUUGGGCGCUGGGUUGUAUAUUGUACGAGAUGACUAGCCUGCAACGCACUUUUGACGCUUCCAAUCUACCGGCAUUGAUUCAUAUAAUUACAAAAGAAGACUUUACGCCGAUACCGGCGUGCUACUCUUCGAACUUGAGGAAAUUGAUUAACGAUUUGUUGCAAAAAGAUCCUUGCCGUAGACCGAGCGCCAACGACUUGGUGAACAUCGUCCCGGUGUACAUGGAAUCGGAUAUCGAUUCGAAUUGGGCAGUGAACGACAAUGACAACGAAUCGUUUGGAAGUGACUCGCAAUGCCGGUCAGUGGUGUACCAGUUUUCAUCGCCAACGAGUAUUCAACCAAUUAAUUUGCCUUACCGCGUGCAAAUCGUUCAACUCGCCGUCAGCCAGACGCAUUUCGUCGCGCUUACCAACGACUGUUCGGUUUUCACUUGGGGCGAAGACAAACACGGUCAGUUGGGCCACGGCGAAGAGAACGCUUGGAAAAACGACCCUCAACGCGUCGUCUCGCUGUUGGACAAACACAUCACGCAAGUGGGCGCUGGGCUGAGCUUUAGCAUUUUCAUAAGCAGCACCGGCCUGGUAUUGACCACCGGCGACGGCAAAUACGGCGCUUUGGGUCACGGCGACUGGAACGGUGUUUGUAGACCGAAAUUAAUAGAGUUUUUAUUGAAACUAGACGUGGUGAAAAUAUCUUGUGGCAGUCAUCACGUGGCGGCCUUAACCAACGAAGGUCAACUGUACGCCUGGGGCCGAGGAAAUCACGGGCAACUCGGCGUCGGCAACCUUCAAGAUUGCUGUUUCCCGAUUUUGGUCAACUGGCCUUUCGACGAGAGUAUAGUUUCCAUACAAUGCGGUCCCGAAUGUACCGCCAUAAUUACCAACAGCCAAAACGUGUACGCUUGCGGGUUGAACAAAUGCAACAAGCUCGGUUUGAACCGACCGUCUUUGUUCAGUCUUAAGUAUAAAGAAGUGGCAUUCGAGAGUUUAUUGACCAAAGUGAAAUUGUUAGAUGGUUUAAGAGUCGUUCAAGUUUGUUUUGGAGAGUGUCAUAGUGCUGCGAUAACCACUCAAGGUCAAGUUGUAAUUUGGGGAAGCAAUAUUUACUCGCAACGUGGAAAAUCGAAUGUAUCUCAAAAUAAGGCCAACAUACUGCGUCUACCCGGUUACAGCAAAGCCCAGAUAAUCGAUUGCGGACCUACGUACACUUUAAUAGGCACUGACGAUAACGCGAUCGUUUUUUGCGGCACUCGUUUUAGUAUGAACAGCGACGCGCUGCCUCAAAAUAUGACAUCAAUGUUUACUUCGGAAGUGAUUUCCAAGCCAAAAAUCAUACUUGGAUUGUACGCGACGGACGACCAAAUCGAUAAAGGACAACUUCUGAUAUUAAACGCAGCGCAAGCAGUUGGACACAACAUUGUAUUAACAGUUGACACUUUUUUGAGAGUUUACAGCCAACAAUAGCUGAUGUUCGCUUUUAUUCGGUUUAAAUAUAAUAUGAUUGACAAUCGACCACUGUCAGCCAGUCAAAUGGUUAAUUUAAAACAAUUUUGCUUUGGUUAUAAACAUCAAACGUUUAUAAACCGAAAUCGAUCAUACAUUUUAACCCUUGUGUUACAAAGCAAAAUCAUAGUCAUGUUACUCAUGGGGAACUAUUAUAUUCAAUAGGGAAAAUUAUUUCCGAGAAAUUAACCCACCCCUCAGUGCAUCCAUUUAGUUUUAUACAUUAUGCUUAUGAGUUAUCACCCACCCCCUACUACGUAUACAUGUCGAGAAUCUGUCAUUUAAAAUAUAAAAUAAUUGUACACAUUUUUCAUUGAUUUCUGAUUUCUAAAAAUAUAUUUUUCCAAUGUGUUCAAACUCAAUUGUUAUUACUAUAUUAUAGUUAAAAAAUGAUGUUUUAGUCUUACAAGAAAAUAUUUUAUAACCGAAUCAAUAUUAUUAUAUCUACAGAUUGU